AUGGCUGCCUAUGGAGCUCUAAUUUCUGUAAUGAAUAUCAUAGAUCAACUUCAAACUCAUCCAAACCCUCCAAUUUCCAUCCACCAAAAACAGCUUGAAUCUCUCAUUCAAGCCGUUACAUCCCUGCAACAUUUUCUUGAAAGCUAUUCUCCCCACGGUGGCUACACCGAGCAUGAAGACUAUUGGGAGAGUCGCAUUGCUGAAGCAGCUUAUGAUGCUGAAGAUGUGAUCGAGUCCUACAUUGUCGAUCAAAUUCAUGUUCGAGCAAGAAAUGAUGUCGAAAACAUCAGCUCCACUGAAUUCUAUCAAGGUCUGCAGAAGGUGAUAGAAAAUAUGAACUUGAUUGAGAUUGAGAUUAAAGAGAAGAUGGCAGUUCAAGAUCAAUUCCACAUGGUAAAGUCUGUGAGCACUUCUGCUGCUGCAGGCUCGUCUAGAUCUGCUUUCGCUGCUCGUGAGGUUGCAACGGUUGGUUUUGAUGAAGUUUUGGAUCAAAUGCUGGACAAUAUCACCAGAGGAGGACUCACUCGCCAAAUUAUCCCGAUUGUUGGAAUGGGAGGGAUAGGCAAGACCUUUCUUGCUCGGAAUAUCUAUGUAAGUCCACUUGUCCAACAACAUUUUGAUGUUUGUGCGUGGUCUGGAAUUUCGCAAGAGUAUAAUGCUAGAGAAAUUCUUAGACAAGUUCUUGAUCAAGUAGACAACAAGGAUAAGGAGGAGGAGAAGGAGAAUGAUAGGAAAGAUUUGUGUGAAGUUGAGUUAGGCGAUCAUGUGUACCAAUAUUUGUUUGGAAGAAAGUAUUUUAUUGUAAUGGAUGAUAUGUGGACUAUUGAGGCAUGGGAUGGAGUUAGGAGAUUCUUCCCGGAUAAUAGAAACGGGAGUAGAAUUGUAGUGACGACAAGGCUAUCACACUUGGCGUCUCAAUUUAACUACUCCAGUGGUCUUGAUUUGAAAUUUUUGGAUAAGUAUGCUAGUUGGGACCUAUUUUGCAAAACUGUGUUCGGGGAAGAAGCUUGUCCUCUUGAGUUGAAGGGCAUUGGAAAGAAGAUUGUGAAAGGUUGUAAAGGACUUCCUUUGUCAAUUGUUGUGAUAGGGGGACUCUUAUCAAAAUCAGAACGAACAAAAGAAAAGUGGGGAUUUAUUGAAAAGAAUUUAAGUUCAGUUGUGAAUUUGAAUGAUAAUGAGAGUUGCUUGCAAGUAUUAUACAUGAGUUAUAAUAAUUUGCCGGUUCAUUUAAAACCAUGUUUUCUCUAUAUGGGAAUUUAUACUGAAGAUGCGAUUCUCGUCAAUUUACACAUCCUAUUUAUUGUUGCGGGGGGAUAUGUAAAGCCAAUUAAUGGGAAGUGUUUGGAAGAGAUAGCAGAAGAAUAUCUAGAAGAACUUGUUGAUAGAAAUAUGCUUAUAGUUAAAGAACGCAAACAUGAUGGAAAACUGAAAUUCUUGAAAAUGCAUGAUCUGUUGAGGGAUCUAUGUUUGAGAGAAGCUCAGAAAUUGAAGUUUUUAUGUGUGUUGGAAGACGGGAGCAUUCCACAGGCCAUUGUUGAGGGUAGUUUAUCUAAAGAAAUACUUAGGGGAAGACGCUCGUCGUGGUCAUUAUGA